AUGGAUUCAGCAUGGAGAAAUAAAGUAAAAAUAUGCAGCAUCGAUUGGACAGAUGAAAAUACCUACCCACGUGAGAAUGAACAAAUUGUCACAUAUGAUUACAUUAUUGGGAGUGAUUUAGUAUACGAUAAAGAAAUUGUGCCAUCACUUGUCCAUAUAAUUAACUUAACUUUGAAAACAAAUGGCAUUUUUCUCUAUGUGUGUAGAAAGAAUAGGGAUGGGUCACAGGAAUUCAUUAGUCAAUUAAAAGACGCAAAUUACGACAUACAAUUAUUCACCCCCCCCCCCCGAGUCACUACUUUGUAA